AUGAAGCUCUUGCUGUUAGUUGUUGUGAUCUGUUCCUUUGGUAAAGCCAGGUCGAAUUGCCCUGUGGUCAAGGCCCAAUGUCCAAACGCGUACGUACAAUUCUGGCUGUACUCUAAAAAUAAAAUACCCAAAUUAAUCCAUCCGGUUAAAUUAAACCGCAACAUCUUUCAACACGGUGGGAAGAUUGUUGUACUAAUCCAUGGCUACACGGGCAAUCGUAACUCUCCCCCAAAUAAUUCGAUUCGCCCCGCUUUCCUAAAUCACACGAAUGUCGAUGUCAUAUCUGUGGACUAUGCUCCACUAGUGAAGUCUCCAUGUUAUGCCCAGGCUGUGCAAAAUGUACCUCUAGUUAGCAAGUGUCUGGCACAAUUGAUCAAUGUUCUGGUCGGAAGGGAUAUCGUACAUAAUAGCGACUUGCAUCUAAUUGGCUUUAGUCUGGGCGCUCAAGUAGCUGCACAGACUUCCAACAAUGUGUUUAAAAAGCUGAAGCACAUAACGGCUUUGGAUCCUGCCAAGCCUCUGUUCAUAAGUGCUGCUAAAUUGAUGCGCUUAGAUAAAACAGAUGCUGAGUAUGUCGAUGUCAUACAUACAGAUACCCUGCAAUAUGGCUUGCUAAAGAGAGUGGGGCAUGCUGAUUUCUAUCCCAACUUUGGCCAGCUCCAACAGCCCGGCUGUGUGGAUGCAGAAGAUAAAACGAACUGUAAUCAUAAUCGUGCGCCACUGUUCUAUGCUGAGUCCAUAAUACCUAAUCACAAUUUCUGGGGUCGUAGCAGCGAAGAUCCCAGCCAAAUUGUUUUAAUGGGCUAUGGAGCUCCUCUAAUCAAUGGAACAUUUUUCUUGAAAACGGCCAGCGAAUUUCCAUUUGCUUUGAAGCAAGAAGAUUCUAUUGCUGAUGCCGAACUUGGAUUCAAUCAAAUGAAAAGGUCGUUCAUUACCUACAUCGACAAGGCCCUGGAGACCUCCUUGAUUUCGCAAAUGUCGAAUGGCAUCCCAGUUAAGGCAAUAACUACAAAUGAUAAUAAUAAUAAAGACAGAGAAGAAAAUAGUACACCGAAACCACAAAAAAAUGAUAAUGGAAUGGCAGAAGAAGAAGAUCCAGCAUUUAUGAGAAAAUAA